AUGGAGAGCACCGAUUCUUCCGGUGGUCCACCACCGCAGCCUAAUCUUCCGCCUGGUUUCCGGUUUCAUCCAACCGACGAAGAACUCGUCGUUCACUACCUCAAACGCAAAGCCGCCUCCGCUCCUUUACCCGUCGCCAUCAUCGCCGAUGUCGAUCUCUACAAAUUCGAUCCUUGGGAACUUCCCGCUAAGGCUUCGUUUGGAGAGCAGGAAUGGUAUUUCUUCAGUCCUCGAGAUCGGAAAUAUCCAAACGGAGCGAGACCAAACAGAGCGGCGACUUCUGGUUAUUGGAAAGCGACGGGGACUGAUAAACCGGUGCUUGCAUCUGAAGGUAAUCAGAAAGUAGGCGUGAAGAAAGCACUCGUCUUCUACAGUGGUAAACCUCCAAAAGGAAUUAAAAGCGAUUGGAUCAUGCAUGAGUAUCGCCUCAUCGAUAACAAACCAAAUAACAGACCUCCUGGUUGUGAUUUCGGCAACAAGAAAAACUCUCUUCGGCUUGAUGAUUGGGUGCUUUGUCGAAUCUAUAAGAAGAACAAUUCAGGAAGACAUGUGGAUAACGAUAAGGAUCACGAUAUGAUCGAUUACAUCUUCAGGAAAAUCCCACCGUCGUCGUUCGCUGCUGCUACUACCGGAAUCCACCACCACAGCAAUAAUGUCUCAAGAGCAUCGAUGAAUUUCUUCCCGGGGAAAUUCUCCGGUGGUGGUUACGGGGUUUUCUCAGACGGUGAUCAAGGUUUGUACGACGGAGGAGGAGGUAUGAUCGGAACAAACUCGAUGAAUCAUCAUCAUCACAACAAUAACGACACUACUGACGUCACCGGGGCUUCUUCCUCCUCUGAGCCGAUGAUGAUGGCCAAUCUGAAACGAGCUCUUCCGGUUACGUAUUGGCCGGUAAAUGAAGAGGAGCAUGAUUUAUCUCCGAGCAAACGGUUUCACGGAGGAGAGUGUUCGAAUAUGUCUUCUUCGAUGAUGGAGGAGAAUCCACCAUUGAUGCAACAACAAGGUGGUGGUGGUGGUGUGUUAGGAGAUGGGUUAUUCAGAACGACGUCGUAUCAGUUACCUGGGUUAAACUGGUACUCUUCUUAA